UCGUUUUGUGCCAUUCUCUGUUUAACUGCCAGCUGCCCUUCCACUGUCCUUCUGCCAUUUUUGGUCUUGUGCCCAGUGCCAUGUAAGGAGUGUGUCCGAUGGCCUCCGACGCGCCCCCCACUUCCAUGCUCCAGCCGGAGGAGCGCAACUACUCUCAGGUGGUCUUCAGCAGGGUGGAGCAGUCCUAUGUGCCUGGCAUAGACAUCAUAUGUUACUUUACUUACACCUCAGGGUUUCAUCCUGCCAAGAAGGACUGGGUGGGCAUCUUUAAGGUUUCCUGGAAGACAACUAGAGAGUACUACACCUGGGUCUCCGCUGAUUGUGAAGAGCAGGGUUUGGAGAAGCGCGUGACCUUUAAAGCAUAUUACUUGCCCAAGGAAAGUGAUGACUAUUACCAGUUUUGCUAUGUGGAUCAGAAGGGCGAGGUGCGAGGUGUCAGCAUCCCCUUCCAGUUGUGCCGCAAAAUCCAGGAUGAAGGCGAGGAGGACAUUCUGCUGGUGACAACUGAGGAGGAGGCUCAAGGGAUGAAGGAAAAGCAAAGGGUGCUAGAGGAAAAGGUAGCGGCCUUGGAGAAAGAUAAAUGCACCUUGCAAGAUGAGUGCACACAGCUGGCUUUAGAACAGAAGAACAAAGCGGCACUGAUAGAGUCUCUGCAGGCCCAGCAGUUGGAAUGUGCCAAGAAAAAUGAGGAGCUGGACCAACAAAAUCAGGAGCUUGAAAGGCAACUAGAGGAGGAAAAAUGCAAGAAUGGGUCUCUUCACCUGAAGGUGGUAUCUGCUGAAGAGGAGCGAGAGAGAGUGCAGAAUGACAUUAGAUCCCUGCAGCUGGAGCAGAACCAGUUAAAGGAAGAAAAUAUGGAACUUCACAAACAUACAAAUGAUAUGGAGUUUUCACUGAAAAAAUACUCAGAAGAAGCAAAAAAUCAGGAGGAGGAGGUGCAAGAGCUAAAGGACAAGCUAUGGGACGCAGAAGCAAAACAUCACCUGCUCCAGGUGCAGCUGCAAGACAUACAGAUGGAGAAGAAGAAGGAUAAGUAUUCAAUAGAAUUGCUGACUAAGGAGGCUGAAAAGGUGGCUGAUCUUAGGCAGAACCUAGAGAAGAAGGACAAGACUAUGGAAACCAUGGAAAAGCAGUUGGCUCAGUUGCAGAGAGAGAAUGCAACUGUGCUGCGACAAAUGGAGGACUUAAGCUACACCUUGGAACUGAGAAAGGCUGAAAUCAGUGACAUGCAACAGCAGCGCGUGAGAGAUGGAGCAGAGAUUGAGCAUCUGAACCGCUUGCUCACUGAGCAAUCUUCAUCCACUCCCCGGAACCAAGGCCUGUUUUUCCAGAACCCUUACGAAAGCGAAAGUCUGAUUUCAUUUGCAAAUGAGCCCCAGCCCGGAGAAGCUCCCGGAGGCAGCAGCGUGCGGCAUGUACAAAUGCAGUGCCCGGAGUGUGGGUCUGAGUUUGAGAAUUUUCAGGUGUUUCAGGAUCAUAUCUUCUGCCAUGACCUGGAGUCAACGGAGUAACUGUAGGCAGGCUAUCCCCUUAUCAGCCCCUCGCUCUGCUGACUCGACUGGGUUAGAUUUGGGACUGAAUAGACAUGGGGCGUUUGCCUACUUAUCCUGCACUUUCACCUCUUUCCUUGUCCAUUUCCGGCUUUUAUAGUGUGAUUAAUAUAACUGAUGAUAUACAGUAUAUAGACAAUAGUUUGGGGGCUUUACUGUUUUUUGUGUGUGUUCUAGUGUCCAGUUAGCAACUGGCCAUGAAGUGGGGGUUAAGAUGAUCCUUUCUGAAUGAUAUACUACUCCAGGGUCUUAUUUUGGCCAACCCAAAAUAUAAUUUUUGCCCAAUUAAAGAAAACAUCAUUCUAAGCAGCUGUGCAGUACACAUUAACUACAAAUGUAUAUAUAAUUGCUAUUAGAAGUGUUUGUCUGUCUUUUUCUAUUCUCUGCCUUGGGGGCCCUGACUCAGCCCAAGACAGCAGCCUGACAGACCUGCCUCACUGGAGGAGACAGACCUUUGCAACAUUGUUUAACAAGUAACAACCAGGAGUUCAGCAAAUGCUGCUUUUAAUAGCAAUUACAUUUACACAUAACUUUUAAAGCACUAAACAUUUUCAAUACAUUCACAUUGGAAAGUUGCUUGGAAUUAUGUUUUCGUUUAUUAGGCAAAAAUGUAUUUUUGGGGUUGACAUCCAUGGGAAUCCUGACCUUCAGAUACAAAGCACUUAUGAGCUACUUGUGCACUUCUUGCCCCCCACCAUUAUUGUAUCUGUAGGUUAAAAAUUGUAAGCUCUUCAGGACAUGGACCUGUGUCUUUUUGCUCAGCACUUAAGUAUUUUAUUCUGCUAAUUUGUAAAAUUGAAUCUCCAUACUGUUUGUAUGUUUUGAAUAGGGAUUUUUUAACCCCUGUGGUGCAAUAUAUAAAUGAAUGCGAUGCCUAUGAUUAUGGCCUUGGAGAUUGAUGAUGCAUUGUCUGUUGUGUCUUCUUUUGUGAUUUGUAUUUGUGAUGUGUUCGAAAAAAAAGACCCUAUUCUUUAUUCUGCAAGGAGUCUAUAGGGGGAAUUCACAAAAGUGGAGGUAGUGGUUGUCAACCGCCACUUUUCAUUUUUUUGGGGAAGGAAAGACACCUCUGUUAAAAUUGGCCAUACUGUAUGUAUAUUGGAUAGGGACCUUAGAUUGUAAGCUCCUCUGGGGCAGGAACUGGUGUAUGAUGAAUAAUCUUGGUAAAGCGCUGCGAAAAUGUGUCAACAUUAUAUAAGGGAUGAAAACUCUACUUUGGGCCCUGAACAGUAUAAAGCUUCCCCCAGUUACAGUACUGUACCAUAUUUCUACUUUGCUCCCAUGACUUUAGGGGGGUCCUGCCGCAGGAUAGGGCAAGUAUGGUGGGAGCUAGCUACACAUGAGUGUUGCAUUUAGACCAAUACCUGGGCCUUCAACCCACAUUUGUACCCACUGACACGGUCAUAGACUGGGAAUGGCAUUAUGUAAGGGUAGGGAAAGGGAACCCAUACCUACAAACAGGGUCGGACCGGGGGGUGCAGGGCCCACCGAGGCUCCCGCUGGCCGCGUCCCCUAACCCCCCCCAGGGGCCCCCCAAAACCCCCCCCCAACCGAUGUCUUCCCCGAGCGUGCAUAAAUUUAACGUGUCAGCGGAGGAACAGUCGGGCAGGGGGAGCGCCAGCAAAGGUCGGGUCUGGGCCGCCGGGGCCCACCGGGAUUUGUCCCGGCAGCCCAGUCCGACCCUGCCUACAAAUCCUACCGCAAUCCAUCUAAUACCUGCAUUGGGAGGUAGCUGAAAGAGCUGGAGGGUCGGGGCGGUAGAAUGAAAGAAGGAAGCUAUGGGUUGGUUCUGGAUCUCCAAUCACCAGUUGUUUUGCUGUUCAUCUGGGCAUGAAGGGUUUGAAUGAGGGCUGGAAGGGCCUUUAUGAUCACUGCAGGUUGUACAGAUGGGCUAGCUUAUAUCAGAUACAUAGAACUUGCCAGGUUUCAUAUUAUUAAACUGUAUCAACUUAUAGAGGUAGUUUUCGAUUUUGAAAUGACGCAACAUUGACUAAAGUGAUUAUAUAUAAUGUGGUUGAAAACUCUUCUGAAGGAUUCCCCUGAACUUUGCAUUAAAUUAUAACUGUAUUUCUCUUAUAUGGAAUUUCUAAAUGAAUAAAUAACAUAUUGGAAGUA